CAUCUGAAACAUGGACAAUACGGUAUAAUUAUAUCACCCGUGCGUACACCCUUCGUACGCCGGGGUGUUAUACUCUACGCUCAAUCGAGCAGUUAAACUCAAUCUGAAAUGAGAUCCACGUGUUCGUGCGUUAGCAAAUGUACAACGUAACACCACCACGAAGUCAUCUAGUCGACGUACGACGACUCUGAUCCGUCGGUCCAUCUAUUCCUGGCAGUAUAGUGCUCGCCUCCGUCAAGCUCCUGUCUUGCUGUCUUGCGCUGGUUAUCCUGAUCCAUUUUCUCUAGUUUCGUCGUUAAUUGUUCUUCAAUUAGAUAUCCUUGCAACCUACUUGCGAGUUGCAGGUGGUUUCCGAAACGAUAAAACGCGGUGCAUUUCUUCGCAUAUCUCCCUGUACGAUUAAUGAAUCGUUCUGUUGAUCAGUGAAGAAUUGCAAACACUUCUCGUCGACGUUUGAAAUGUUUGGUCUCAAUGCAUGAGAUGUUCGGUGAAUUCGGACCUUCGCGAGGAAUGUGUACAUCGAGCACACUUUGAUGAAAUAGAGUUGGACUUGUUGAGUGUUGUGAUCCUGUGAUUAUUGUGAAUGUGAAUUGCUAGCAAAUGCAAAGGCGAGGACCGAAGGUGAUGGCGCGAACAAGUUCGACGUCUGCUUAAGACCGCGGGACUGCUGGUGCGUGAACGUCAUUGUUCGUUGUUAACAACACGAUCUUCUGUCUUCUCUCCGCGGGUCAUUGUCAUACCGCUCUAGAUUCCUCUUCUCUAGAUCUAUUGUCCGUCAUCGUCGUUGGGACUGCCCGAGACGGAACACUUGAGAAAAGUGCCCAAGAGUGUCGCGUGCUAGGAAGAGCAAUUGCGCUUUAAUUGGGAUGUGUGAUGAAAAGUGUGUCGAACGUGAAUAACGCGUGUCGCGAGGAAACUGUAGAAAAAUCGGAAAAUUCCAAAUGUGCGCGGCGUCGUGACUGCGCGACGAUCUGCCGCGACGUUCGCAAGCGUUGCUCGGAUUCGGGAGCGAAUGACACCGUGUAUGAAAACUGUAUGAGAUUAAACAUGGUGAGCACAAAUCCGUCCAUAGGGGCGGCCACCCUCAAUCGAAUGAGGAAUACGUUUUGCGGGAUUCCGAAAGCUGAAAUUGAACGUAGGAACAUUGCGCUCCUUCAAGCCAUGACGAUCGAAGAACUUUACACCGCUCUGGUGCGUAUGGCCCAACAUCAAAUUGGCUUCGAUGUGUCCAACGAGUGUAGUCAAGAAACUCUUCUGAAUCAUCUGCAAAGUGCUUUCAAAGUCGACGACGAGACGCACGAGAGAGUGUUGGAGGAAACUCGAAAUCUCGAGCCGCCAGAAUUGCGCCUCAACAUCGAAGUGAUCGAAGCCAAAGAGUUAGUUUCCAAAGACUCGAACGGUAAAAGUGAUCCUUUUUGCGCUCUUUAUUUGGAAUCGGCACCGACCAGAAGGUACAACACGGCAGUGAAAACGUGCACUCUCAGUCCAAUAUGGGAGGAGCACUUUGAAUUGCCUUUGGAAGAUCCUGAAAAUGACGUCCUGUGCCUUGAGGUGUGGGAUUUCGACGCUGCUGAAACUGUUCCUGAAAAAAUGAGCAAAGUCAAGGACGUAAAGGGUGUUCGUGGCUUGGUCAAAUUAGCCAAAGAAAUCGCAGUAACAGCUACGACCGGUAGUCACAACAAUGAAUUCAUUGGUAAAUGUAGGAUACCAUUGAAGGAUAUACCGACGACAGGGCAUACUAUGUGGUACGCUCUCGAGAAGAAGAACAAGACCAAACGCCGAGGCGUCGUCAAGCUUCGACUGGCCUUCAGUGCGGAGCAUAAUGCGCAAGUGGCUGCACAGGAACACCGGCAUCUGCUGAGAGUGCUGCUACUUCAUGAAAUUGAGACGGAGAAGAUCGAGAAGUACUGUUGGUGCGGUCGUUGGUCGGGACCAGCCGAGGCUCUCAUUCUUCAACACAGCGCACAACGCGGCCUGUUAGCCAGAAAUCUCGCUCUGGCGCAAUGGGUCGAAUAUGCCAGAAUUCAUCAGGAACAUCCGCUAAGUUUUAUGGUUUUUAACAAGCUCGUGAUCGACUUGCUCAGGCCGAUGGACAGCGGACUGUUCUCCGCUGACGAAAUCAGACUCUUCUGGGAUGCCACCAAAAAAGUUCUGUAUUCAUGUCUAAAUAGCGUGCGGAAAAUUCGAAGACUGAUCUUGGGAGACAAGAACGCCAUGACACAGUUAUCCGCUAUUUUAGGGAUAUUAUCAUCCAUAUCUUCUCUGAAAGUUCCUGAGGACGUUGACCUCUUUCCGGCCAAGAUGUACUCUUGGUUCCCAGAACCUAACGGUUCGAAGAUAGACGUACUUCAAAGUUUGGAAUGUACGAUUACGCAAGGCUGCGCCGAAUGGUUCGAACACAUACUAAACAAUAAUUCACCUGAAUCUGAGUCGGACGAAGACGCGCUUAGGUAUCAUCAUAAAGUGAUACAGCUUGUUAGAGCUGAUUUACAAAAGGCCAUGGAUAAUUAUGACAAACUAUUUAUAAAGAAAGUCAAUGUUCCGUACGCAAGAUUGCUAUAUAUCGCGUACGAAAAGAGAAUCAGCGACAUGUGCACGAUCAUCAUAGAAGAUGUGUGCAGCAGACUGAAGCGGAUCGAAAUCGAUAGCAACGCUGAUGCGGAAUUAGGCUUGGGCACAACAUUGUUUGAGCUUUACCUUGCGCUUCAAAGAUACGCAAUCGUCGGUCAGGUACUUUGUGCCGAAGGGCAGCUACAGGACAUGAAGAUACAAAAUUACUACGACUGGUUCCGAGGCGGUGUCGGGCACUGGUUGGACAUUGCGGUAUACAAAGCGCUCAAACGCAUCGACAGGGCUGUUGAAUUCGAUACCUUGCAAGCGGUUGACAGUAGCGUGCAAUACAGCUCGAGCGCUGUAGAUACGUUAACCAUUUUCUACCAGAUCAAAGUGUUUUGGACGCAAUUAGCUUGGCCCGACGUUGAAGGAUCCUACACUUUUAUAGCAAAAAUUAUUGACGACAUUUGUAAGUGUUCCAUCGCGUACGCCGACAAGAUGGCGGUAAAAGCGGAAAUAACGACAGAACUAGAGCAACUUUCGCAGAGCAGCGUUUACGAGAAAAAAUUCACAAUAUCGACAGCUUGGUGCUUCGCCAUUAACAAUAUCGAUUACAUCAGAACGUCGAUAGCACCGUUAGCCAAUGAUCUGGGAUUGCAAAAUAUCAUAAAAGCUCUAGGAGAAGUUAAAACCCAAAACGAGGCCGAUCGUUGCCGACAGACUCUUCAGCUUAUCAUCGACAAUGCUGCGGAUACUGUGAGGAAUAAGAUCAUAGAGUUGUUGGAAGUGGUAGCUAACAAAAUGGCUCCAGCGAUGAGCAGAUACCUCGUGGAGGGCGCCGAAUUAAUCGAUACGACCAGCAACGCCAUGGAUCGCCUACUGCAGUAUUUAGACAGCAAUCUAACCACUUUGCAUGACAAUCUCAACGAGGAUAACUUUAAUAGAGUUCUCCUUGUGAUUUGGGAGAUCAUGUCGCAGACGCUGUACGAGCUAGUCAACAACAAUUUAGAGAAACGACGACCGCCAGCAUUCUACUCCAAUUUGCAUCGCACCCUUCACACGCUUAUACGGUUCUUCAACUUUGGCGCCGACGAGACUGCGAACGUGCAAGUGCUGGAGAAAAUCGAGAGUCUCCUAAAAUUGCACGGGCUUGAAACCGCCCAGCUUAUUCAUCGUUACCAUCAAGAGCGCAUCGAAGAACAGAAGGAAAUGGAAGAACCCAUGUACGGUCUUAUCACCGUCAAAGCUCACUUCAUUGACAACACCUUGAACAUACAAAUUCUGAACGCCAGGAAUCUUCAUUGUAUGGACAGUAAUGGCAAUUUUAUAGGCAAGCUGUCUACUCUCGAGCGUAAACUGCACUCAAAAUCUAAACAAAGACUGAAAGAAGGGAAGACAAGCAAAUGCGACUCUUACGUGAAAAUAAGGCUAUUACCCGAAGAAAAAUUCGUCGAAAUCAAGCUGCCGAAGACGCACGUGCAGAAAGAAACGCUGUUCCCCCUUUUUGACGAAACAUUCAACAUUACUCUUACUCCGGAACAAAGAGCGACAGAGGACGCUAUAGUGUCAUUUGAGGUCAAGGACAAAGAUUUCCUUCGUGCAAGAUUCAUGGCUGAAGCUUUCCUAUCAUUUAACGAGAUUUCUGACACUGAGCCAGAAACUGGCUUCGAAUCCUUGGAACAAGUUCACUUAAAACUUUCCCGUCCAACCAAGAAAAGUACGGAUGUAAUUCGCGCGUUGGAACAUCGCAAGGGAGACAAUCAAGCGAUGGACUUCAUUUCAAGACUUAAUACCAAAGCGAACUCCAAAUGAUCCAUGUGCAGCUUCGACGUGGAUUUACAUGGACACUUGGACAACUUUCGAAAGUAUACAAUGCAAAAUAUGUUCAAAUUCAAGCAACUCAGACUAUACGAACUGUUUCAAUCUUAAUACACCAGCAUUGCCUUACGAAGACGCUGUAAAUAUUUUCUUUAAGAAAUGUGUUUCAGAGCUGUCGCGCUAUUAAUAUAAACUUUAUAGCACAAUCCUCGCGAGUGUUUAAGACUGUGUAUAUAUAUAUAUAUAGUUAUGAUUGUUUUCUGUUUCUUUUUUAUACUUUUGACAAAAUCACAAAGUGUAUACCGCAUUUCGAAACUUUAAACGGCAAAUGGAUUCUAAGGCUGAGUAAGUGCUACUUACGCGAGCGAUGUUUGUAUUUAUUAUAGAUACAAGUUGAGCGGCCAUGUUAUAUAUAUAUAUAUAUAACAUAUAUAUUUUUGACAAACUUAUGCUGCGAUAUGUAUUACAAGUUUAGUGUACCUAAUAUUGUUAUCUUCGAUAAGUAGAGCAUGUAUAUAGAGCCCAAUAAUAUUAGUAUGAUAAAAUUACAGACGA